AUGGGAAACGCAAAUUCUGAGGUUUUCAAUCGGGAGGAAAUUGGAAAUACUGCAACUCUCUUUAUCGGAUCAGCAGCUGGUGCCAUUUCAAGUGGUGCUACUUUCCCACUUGAGGUGGCUCGCAAACACAUGCAAGCUGGUGCUCUCAAUGCGAGACAUUACAAGAACUUGAUUCUUGCCGUUUCAAGCAUACUCGAGAAGGAAGGGGUUCCUGGUCUGUACAGUGGGUUGGGGCCAAACUGCCUUAAAUUGGUCCCUGCUGCUGGAAUUUCUUUCAUGUGCUAUGAGGCAUGCAAGAACAUUCAUGCCAAGGAAGAAGAUGAUCCAUAA